CACCCCACCCCACCCCACCCCACUCUUCUCUCUCCUCUCUCUCUCUCUCUCAUCAAACACUUGGAUUUCAAUUUUCCAUCACUCUUUCCGUGCAAAAUGUCAGCCUUCAGAUUUCACUCUCUUCAUCUCCGAUACUAAUAAUCUUCAUCUUCAACCGUUCUUCAUUGCUCCGCUUCAAUUUCCUCUUCAAAUUCACCUUCUCAGGGUCCAUUUUGUUGAAUGCACGAUCGGGAUAAGAAUCCUCAAGUCUCCAUAACUGUAAUGCACUGCUAGCUACAUGGACCAGUAUGAAGUGCUUGAGCAAAUUGGAAAGGGGGCGUUUGGUUCUGCCCUUCUCGUACGUCAUAAACAUGAAAGAAAAAAGUAUGUGUUAAAAAAGAUACGCCUUGCUCGCCAAACUGAUAGAACACGUAGGUCUGCACAUCAGGAGAUGGAGCUCAUCUCUAAAAUGCGAAAUCCCUUUAUUGUUGAGUAUAAAGAUUCUUGGGUCGAAAGGGGAUGCUAUGUUUGCAUUAUUAUAGGAUAUUGUGAAGGCGGAGACAUGGCAGGAGCUAUUAAAAAGGCCAACGGCAUGCUGUUUUCUGAAGAGAAAUUAUGUAAGUGGCUUGUACAACUCUUAAUGGCGCUUGACUACUUACACUCAAAUCAUGUUCUUCAUCGGGAUGUAAAGUGUUCAAAUAUAUUCUUGACAAAAGAUCACGAUAUACGUCUUGGUGAUUUUGGACUAGCCAAGAUGUUGACUUCAGACGACCUUGCCUCAUCUGUGGUUGGAACUCCUAGUUAUAUGUGCCCCGAGCUUCUUGCAGAUAUACCAUAUGGUUCAAAAUCAGAUAUUUGGUCUCUUGGAUGCUGUAUAUAUGAAAUGGCUUCCCAUAAGGCUGCAUUUAAAGCUUUUGACAUGCAAGCACUGAUUAACAAGAUCAAUAAGUCGAUUGUGGCACCACUUCCAACCAAAUACACCGGUGCCUUUCGGGGACUUGUAAAAAGCAUGCUGAGGAAAAAUCCGGAACUAAGGCCAAGUGCAGGAGAGCUACUUAGGCAUCAACACCUCCAGCCUUACGUACUUAAAGUCAACCUUAAACUAAACAGCCCCAAACGGAGCAGUUUAUCAACCCAUUGGACCGAACCUGAUUACAUGAAGAAAACAAGAUUCGUUGAGCCAGUUUGUCUUCGUCCAAGAUCACGGGACAGGCGGAUGUCGUAUGGAAACGAUAGAACUUUGAAUCCAAGCAUAUCCUUAGGUGACCAAGGUUCACCAUAUUUAACUAAACGGUGUCAGGAUUCCCCUUAUUAUUUGCAAAGAAGAAUGGAAAGGAUGUCUAUUGGAAGCACAUGUGACGAGCCCCCCGUUAGCAAGAAUAUUUCUUCCAAGCCUUCCAAUUCUACCAAGAAUCUUAGGUUCGCUUCACCUAAGAUAUCCUCUGCUCCUAAAAAACGAACCGAAUUCUCAAGGGGCCGUGAUACGGAUUCAUAUUCAAGAAGUUCAGUAAAAAAACCGGGUCCAACGAGUAGAAGAUCGUCUUUCCCACUUCCGAAAAAACCUGUAAUCGAAGAUCCCCUAUGUAGAAAAAGUACAGGUUUCCUUGAUUGCAUCAACUCCAUGGAUGUUUCGGUCAAUGCCCCUCGAAUUGACAAAAUGGUCGAAUUCGAUCCAAUUCACGACCUCUUCGUUCCCACCCGUAGAACCUCAAUAACCUCUGUACAAGGGUCAUCCUCCCCACAACAUGACCGCUCGAUCAUGAAAGACAAGUGCAUGGUUCAAGCCGUUGAUACAACAUCCGCGAAGCAAAACUCAAACUCCCCAACCGAAUGGCAUGGGUCGGGUAGUGAUUGCUCUGACCAAAAUGCAACAGCGGGUGCAUCAAGCCGAACCUCAUCGGACUGUAGACGACGACGGUUCGACACGUCGUCACAAAAACAACGAGCCGAAGCGUUAGAAGGGCUUCUUGAGUUCAGUGCCAGGUUGUGGCAAGAGGAAAGAUUUGAAGAGCUUGGAGUGUUGUUGAAACCGUUUGGGCCAGGGAAGGUUUCUCCAAGAGAAACUGCUAUUUGGUUGACUAAAAGCUUGAAGGAGAACACAUUGAAGCAAGAGGACCAAUUUCAAUGAUAAAUUAAAAUGUUUAUGUUUUUCCUUUAACUAAGUUAUUAUCAUUGUUAUUAUUAUGAUGCGCAAUAAUUAUGUAUGGACGUAUUGUAGUCAUAGAAUGUAAUGGGUCACGGAUACUGACACGGAUACCGAUACGAUAGAGGAGGGUUGUAGGAAUUAUUUCUCUAAUCUCUUGUAAGUUGUAACUGCAUGUAGUGUAAUGACCUUAGUUUAAAUCCUUGUAUGUUUAUUUCGACA